UGUUGGUUGUUUGGCCUGAGGCAACCCAAAACUGGAGCAUAAGUGGGCUCUUUGGUGGGGCUAAUGACAGACUCUGGGAGGGCUGACACCAAGUUAUCCUUCCCAGAACUUCUGCUGCCAGUGUCCUUGUCCCCAUGGUGAAACAGAGCCACCCCCCACCUCUGCAGGAGACCUUCCAACACUAGCAGCAUUGUCCACCUCAGGAGCUCUUUGGAGAACUGGAAUUCAGAAAGAAUCUCUCAGACACUAGACGUCCAUCCCCUCCCCGCUUCAACUAGGCAGCCUCUUCAGACUAUCUCUGCCCAGAAUGGCAGGAAAGUCGGCAGCCUUGGUCUACCAUGCUCCAAAAGAGCAGGAAGGACUCAUAAUUGUGAAGGUCGAAGAAGAAAAUUAUGUUUGGGGGCAGGACUUUGGCCUUCAGGGCAAUGCCUAUAGUCAGGAGGCCUUCCGCCAGCGGUUCAGGCAGUUCGGUUACUCUGACUCCGCGGGGCCCCGGGAGGCUCUGAACCGGCUCCGUGAGCUGUGCUGUCAGUGGCUGAGGCCAGAGGUGCAUAGCAAGGAGCAGAUCCUGGAGCUGCUGGUGCUGGAGCAGUUCCUGAGCAUCCUGCCAGAGGAGCUGCAGACCUGGCUUCGAGAGAACCAACCAGGGAGUGGAGAGGAAGCCGUGGUGAUGCUGGAGGAGCUGGAGAAAGAGCUUGACGAACCAAGGCAACAGGACACAGCUCAUGGCCAAGGAAUGAUCUGGAAGGAAAUGACAUCUGUGGGAGCACUGAAGUCGCUGAGUAUCCAGCUCGAGCCCUUGGAGAACCAGGGCAAGAAUGAGAUUCAGGAGCCCCAGGGUUACUGUGAGAGAGAUGGCAAGCUGGUGGCUGACAAAUUGUUGACAGCAAAGCAAGAAAUUAUUGAAUGUGUGGCAUCAGCAGCCAUGAUAUCCUCAAGACGACUCCCUGGGGAAACUCCUUCAGGACAGGUAGUUGAAGAAGCUUUGGGAGGUCUGGACAAUUUUGAGAAGCCAAAAGGAAGUGCUUCAGGGGACAAAAUGAGUCAGCUCCCUUCCCAGGAAAGACAUUUUAGCCUGACAAGCUUCAACAAGGAAAUCUCCACAGAAGAGAGUGUCCUGGAAUGUAAUGAAGGUGAAGGAAGUCUCAGUCUGAACUCAAAUGUUAUAACACAACCGAGAAUUCAUGCUGGGGGAAAGCUCUAUGAGUGCUUCGACUGUGGGAAAGCCUUUUGCCAGAGCUCAAAGCUGAUUAGACAUCAGAGAACUCAUACUGGAGAGAGACCUUAUGCAUGUAAAGAAUGUGGCAAAGCCUUUAGUCUGAGCUCAGACCUUGUUAGACAUCAGAGAAUUCAUAGUGGUGAAAAACCCUACGAAUGUUGUGAAUGUAGAAAAGCUUUCAGGGGCAGCUCAGAGCUCAUCCGGCAUCGGAGAAUUCACACUGGAGAGAAACCUUAUGAAUGUGGUGAAUGUGGGAGAGCUUUCAGCCGGAGCUCAGCCCUUAUUCAGCAUAAGAAAAUUCACACUGGAGACAAAGGCUAUGAAUGUAUUGAAUGUGGUAAGGCUUUUGGUAGAAGCUCUAUCCUUACUGAACAUCAAAGAAUUCACACUGGAGAGAAACCUUAUGAAUGUAAUGAAUGUGGAAAAUCCUUCAAUCAGAGCUCAGCCCUCACCCAGCACCAGAGAAUCCACACUGGAGAAAAGCCUUAUGAAUGUAGUGAAUGUAAGAAAACAUUUAGGCAUAGAUCAGGCCUUAUGCAGCAUCAGAGAACUCACACCAGAGUUUAACUCUUUGGGUAAGAGUUGUACAACUAUGAAAUACUAGGAAUUCACUUUGGGGGUGAAUAAUGGGAUAUGUAUAUAUGAUAUAUAUGUGAUAUAAUGGGAUAUAUGAUAUAU